GAUAGACUGUAGCAAGACCUUCGAAAUCUGUGUGGCCAGAGACAAUAUGGUUGAAAGAGGUCUUAAACUCUGGAAGCGUCGAAAGAAUGGCGGUCCAGUGAACCCUUUGAAAGUCUCCUUCCUGGGAGAACCAGGGGUUGACACUGGAGCACUAAAAAAAGAGUUCCUGUCCACAAUGGUUGCUGGGAUCGAGAAGCGACUAUUUGAAGGCGAAAGUGAGAAGGGCAAAGUACCAAAGUAUUCCCUCAACGAUUUGGACAAUGAACUGUUCAAAGUUGCGGGUGAAAUACUUUGUGUGAGCAUUGCCCAAGGAGGACCAGCACCACGGUUUAUGCAGGAGUGGUGUUACCACUACCUCGUCACUGGGAACCUUAAAACUGAUGGUGUGCAUGACAUGGAGUUGUCACCACUUAUCAAAACGAUUGAAGAUGCAUCUGACCUGUCCCUCUACAUUGAAGAAAUCCUGGAUUGUGGCUACACUGGUCAAAUCAACAUUGACCAUAAGGAAAGCAUAUUAAGGGCUAUUGUACUGCAUGUGACCACAAAACGCACACCAAUGCUGCAACAGAUGCGUGAAGGCCUUGAAGUGUACAACCUGAUCAAGGUCAUGCAGAUAAAGCCGAAUGAGUGUCGCAAUCUCUUUGUCGUAGGGGCUGAUGACAAGGUGGACUCGCAUUAUGUUUUAUCACACCUGGCCCCAGAAAUGAGCCCAGAUGGUUCGACUAAACACGUGAAGGAGUCCAAAAUCUUGGAAUACUUCCAAGAUUUCCUACUUGAAAUUGAGGACACACAACCAGAAAAUGAGGUUGAAGGAGAGACACCCUCUGUGCCCAUGGUGAUGCAAUGGAUGACUGGGCAGGCACACAGGCAUUUGCUUGUCUCAGAGAGACAGAAAUUCAAAAUAGCCAUAGUAUUUGACCACAACUGUCUAGAGCACAUGCCAGGCCACACUGUAUGUUAUCCUGUUGUUAGUGCUUGCACCAACACUGUUACACUUCCAACAGCUCAUCUGGGGGAUUACGAGUCCUUUAAAACCAACUUGCAAACUGCCAUUAAAUAUGGUGCAAGCUUUGACAGACUGUAGCUAGUAAACGCUACUCUGCUCUAGUCUACUCUGUUCUACUUAGUUUGUUCAUCUAGUCUUUUCCUAGCCAUGUCUAAUAAUUCUCUUGUCAGUUCAGUUCCUGCCACUCCCCCCUUGCCAUGACAUCACCUCGUGUUUGUGUUAAAUCCUGUUCUAAGUAAGCGUGCGUAACA